AUGGCCUCACUCCGCGAUGUGCGACUGCCGACUUGGCAAGAACUUCAACGCUACGUCAGAGACCCCGAGAUUCUGACGUCGGAAAUCUUGUUCCUGAUUUUGACGUUAUCAAACAUUUUUGUGGUUUACCGUUUGUUCCUCGAUGUCGUCCCAUUUCCAGUCUUCGUCACUUGGUGGCAGCUGGCCCAAGGCCUGCUGAUGGCUUGGUGCCUGGGCGAGGUUGGACAGGAAUAUCCAAAGCUUGCUUAUUUCCCACGAGUUGAAAUAGACAAAAGGCUUCUCAGGAGAUUGUUUGUACCGACGAUUGUCAACGCACUCAUGCUCGUACUCGCGAACGUCCUCCUGUACCGAGUGCAGUGUAUUGCAACUCUCCCCGUCGUAGUUGCCUUCGCUGUUGUCCUUCACCAUGUUACCCGUUUCGUGGGUUGCGGAGAAGAAUACAUGCCUAUGCGCUGGCAAGCCAUUGGUCUGCUGUUUACAGCGUUUCUUCUAGGCAUCACGGACUCAAAGACAGUCGGCUCGGAAGUGCUGCCUUGGGCUUUGCUUUAUGCUAUUUUUUCUGCCGCCUUCCGCGCAGCGUUCCUCCAGAAAGUCAUGCACGAAGUUGAAGGCAAAGGGAACCUCUUGCACAACCACCAGCAUCUUAUCUCUGUCAUCAUUCUUCCCAUCUUGAUGAUAAUCUGCGGGGAAGGCUCAGUACUUAGUGCUAUGCCUAUGAACUUCGGAUCGCUCUACACCUGGCAGACUUGGGGAUGCCUUUUCACUGUAGGAGCACUCCCGUUUCUGAAGAACAUUGUGUCGAAUCGUCUCAUUCGCAGAACUGGCCAAGGCCCAUGGCGCUUUCUGGAGGUUUUGUCUAUUUUCUUUGUUUUCAUCAUUGGCAUCACUUUUGGCAGCCCCGGAUGGCAAGGCUACAUAGCCAUAAUGUUAGUUAUUGCAGGGCGCGCUCUUGGGGCUUGUGACGUUCUCCUAAAUGCUGCUGAAGCGGAGCAAAAUGAAAUGCGGCCAAGCGGAGCAACACGCCACACAGGAGAUACAGAGGGAGGCGAGCUAGAACGUGGCUCAAACUCUAAGCAGUACCUUCAGUCCAUCGAGGAGGAUAGCGGCGAAGCCUACGGGGAGCUCGCUGAAGGCGAAGAAAAUGAAAUGUGA